CUUGGGCCUACCACUCUCUCACAAUGGCCGCCAUAGCCUCCAUCUCGAACCGCCUGACCACGGCGCAGUCGCAGCUCCUCGAGCGCACCCGCAUCAUCUCGUUGGGGAUGCACCCCUCCGCGGCCGCGACGACGCAGAUCGUGCGCGCGCUGGCAGGCGUCAAGCGCGAGCUCUCGCGCGUCGCGGACGAAGCCGAGCUCGAGCGCGCCGGCCUCGUCGUCGGCGGCGGGAACCGGGGGCGCAGCUCGCAGCUCGACGAGGACGAGCGCGCGCUCGACGCCCUCGGCGAGCGGUACGAUCGCCUCGUGGAGAUGCUCGGCAAGGACGAGGACGGGCGGGAACGCGCCAAGGCGCUCGUAAGGGAGAAGCGAGAAGCACCGAUGGUUGAGGAGGAGGGCGAGGAAGGCGAGGAGGAGGAGAUGGAGGACUUUGCGGGAUCGCCGCGUCAUUCGCCGCCGCCGCCGACGCAGCAGCCUGUGCGCCCGUUCCGCGACUAUGAUGAUGAAGAGGAAGGCGGGGAGCGUGCGAUCAUGGACCAGCAGCAAGUGAUGAUGAACGACCAGGACGAGCGCCUCACGCUCCUCUCGCACAGCAUCAACCGGCAAAACGACCUCUCUAUUCAGAUCGGCGACGAGCUCGACCGACACCACGAGCUGCUCGAGGAUACAGACGCCGCCAUGGACCGUACAGCAGCAAGGUUGCAGCGCGCACGCAGACGGCUAGACACGGUCGCCGACGGAGCACGGCAGCACGGGAGCACCAUCACGAUCGUGCUGCUCAUCUUGGUGCUGCUCAUGCUCAUCAUCAUCUUUAAGACGUAGUUGUACACUAGUGGUGGGGACGUGGUGGGGAUAGUAUACAUGCCUGGGAUUGCAUCUAGCUGAAUUUCCAGCGAAGGCCGCAGACCUGGGAUUAGCGCCCCUCGAGUGUAGGAGGUAGCAGACUCACUGUGCAACUGUAAUGCCGAAUUGUCCGUGUCGAGGAGGAGGCGCGUUAGUAUAACGAACGAGGCAGAGUAGGAAACGUACGUAACAAAGGUCUGUUGUCAGCAC